GAAGAAGAAAGAAAAGAAGAACAAGAAGGAUUGGCACUCAGUGCAAUAGAAAACCUGAAGGAGUUUCAGUUAAUUUUUGCUCACCCGGAAGCCCUUGUAGGCAACAAAAAUGUCAUUAAGCUCCUGAAGACUGCAGAGUUUAAAAAUGGUAUGAAAGCCAUCGUUGUGGAUGAAGCACAUCUCGUUGUUGACUGGUGAGUGCUACAUGUAUAUGUUGUGGUUUAUUUUUUUUAUCUCAGGUAAUUUUUCUUUUUCUUUUGUUGUUGGGUAUGGUAUUGUAUGCCAAUGUUUUGAGAUAAAAAAUUAUUACAACAUAUAUAUAAAUAUGAUGUUACAGGUCAAAUUUGAUUUCAGGUUAAAUUUUUUAACCUACGUUGAUUCGCAGUUUUCUUUGUCCCCUGGCCCUAAUUCAUCCUCGGAGACCCAGGGGCAGAUAAAGGGGGCGAGAGAAAGUCUAAAAGGGCGGAAAAAUAUAUAUGGAACGAAGAAAGGUAUAGAACGGCGAGAAGAGCCCCUGGGGACAAUGUCUUACCAGACCAGUUCCAAACGGUCGCCGCCGUUCUGCCUUCUGAUUGGUGCCAGAAAAACACAAGUUUUCUGGCAUCAAUCAGAAGCCAGAGCGGCGGCGGCCGGUUGGAACUGGUCUGGUAAGACAUUGUCCCCAGGGGCUCUUCUCGCCGUUCUUUACUUUUUUUCGUGCCACAUUUUUCCGCCCGUUUAGACUUUCCGUCGUCCCCACUAUCUGCCCCUGAGUCUCCGAGGAUGGCCCUAAUUCAACAAAACUAAAAAAAUUGAGAAUCAACCUACGUUAAAAAAACCUGAAACCUGAAAUCAAAUAUAUCCACUCCAGAUAGCACAGUUUAAAGCAGUAGUAAUAAUAAAUGCAGAAUUUGUGCAAUAAAGAAAAAAACUUGUUUGGAUUAUUCUAAAAUGUUUCAUUGUAUGGUUCCAGGAAAUAACACUACCAAUCUGAACCCCAUGGAGGGAAAUGAUUUUCGAAUGGUUAAGGAGAAGGUCUAUAGCUAUUCCUGUGUUUCAACCCAAAUGAAACCUACAGACAGAGGGGAAUAAAGAGAUUUUCUUGAAAAACACAUUACCCGUAUAUUCAAAGGUAUCCAGUCUGAAAGAUAUCCAAAAACGUUAUGGCUUAUUAAGAGACUGGUACGGGUAAUUUUUUUGAGGAAGGAUUUUAGACCAUCCUAUGGGAAGCUGGCAACAAUAGGAAGCAUUCUUCCACAAGUACCAUUGCUUGGUCUCACAGCCACUGCUACCAAAAAGACCAGAACUGACAUCAUUGAGUCCCUGGGCAUCAUGGUUAAUCCACUUGAAAUCCUUGGAAACCCUGACCGACCAAAUAUUUAUUUCUCGUCAUCCUCUAGACCAGACAGAGGAGAGGAUGAACUAAAUGAAAUAUUGGUCCCCUUGGUGGAAAGCUUAAAGAAGGAGAGAACAAAAUUUCCUUUUACUCUUGUUUUUGGCACAUUAGAGACCAUUUCAUCAUGUUAUGCCUUUUUCAGCCGAGCAAUGGGGAAAGAGCAGUGUGAACCUAUAGAUGCCCUGCCCAAGGCCGAGAAUAGGUUAUAUACUCAAUUUCACGCCCAAUACCCACUUCAAGAAAAAGAAAGAAUAAUUGAUGGCCUUACCUUGGGCAAAUCUAAACUCAGGAUUGCCUUUGCAACAGUCGCAUUUGGUGUUGGUCUGGACUUAAAACACAUGAGACAAAUAAUUCAUAUAGGGCUGUCAUGUACAAUGGAAGAGUACUUUCAGGAGGCCGGUAGGGCCGGUAGACAUGGUCUUCCUUCAAAAGCCCACGUCUACUACAAUUCAUACGAUACAUCAAAGGCAAGAAAACAUUUGUCUUCAGUAAUGAGGAAUUAUGUGCAAUCAAAGAAGUGUAAAAGACAAAUUAUUAUGGGGUAUUUUGGGUUUUCCCCUCUGCCACUUGACACAGCUCAUGCAUGUUGUGAUUAUCAUGAGAAACUUUGUAGCUGUGAUGACUGUGUGCUCUCUGAUGUUGCAUCUUUAAUGGCUCCCACCUUGACAGAUGAAGCCCCUGCAUUAUCUAAUGAAGAUGUUUAUCCUUAUUCCAAACUAAACAUGGAGCAAAUAGCCAAGCUGAAUAAAGAACUUGUUAAAUUUAGACUCUCAUUACCUGGACAUGGUAGGACAUCAGUAGGGCGUACAAGCCUAAGCAGUGGUGUUACUAUAAAGUUAAUUCGUGAAGUGGCUGAAAAUGCACACACAUUCUCUUCAGCAGAAGACAUUGAAAGUAGGCUUCCUAUCUUUAGCCAAAGUCAUGCCAUUUCAAUGUGGAAAAUUGUUAAACAAUUCCUUCAGAAAGUGUGA